CUCACACUAAGGGUUGCAUAAGAAACAUUAUUUCCUACUUCUGCACACCAAGUUUCUACCUUCAGAUCUCUUUGGUUCAGUUGCUGAGAAGCUGGAGCCUCUAGUGCCACUUGGGAGAAGCCAUCCACCGGACGGAGAAAGAUGGGUGACAACAGCACGUUUCUCCAGGCCAGCCACAACAUGCCGUCCACAUCUCAUUCUCUGUUUACAACCAACAUCCAGGGCAGCGAUGAAGAACCCACCACCAUUUAUGACUAUGAUUACAGCGCGCCCUGUCAGAAGGCCAAUGUGAAGCAAAUCGCAGCCGGGCUCCUGCCUCCGCUCUACUCGCUGGUGUUCAUCUUCGGCUUCGUGGGCAACAUGCUGGUCGUCCUCAUCCUCAUCAACUGCAAGAGGCUGAAGAGCAUGACGGACAUCUACCUGCUCAAUUUGGCCAUCUCCGACCUGCUCUUCCUUCUCACCAUCCCGUUCUGGGCCCACUAUGCCGUACACGGGUGGCUCUUGGGGGAGGUGAUGUGUAAGUCAUUCACCGGGCUGUAUCACGUUGGGUAUUUUGGCGGAAACUUCUUCAUCAUCCUCCUGACCAUCGACAGGUACCUGGCGAUCGUCCACGCCGUGUUUGCAUUAAAGGCCAGGACAGUCACCUUUGGGAUGUUGACAAGCGGGGUCACCUGGGUGGUGUCCAUGUUCGCCUCUCUCCCCGGGAUCGUCUUCGCGAGAGUGGAAAAGGAAGAAGAUUUUACGUCCUGCAGUUCUCACUUUCCAAAAACAUGGAAGAGUUUCCAUACAAUAAUGAGGAGCAUCUUGGGCCUGGUCCUGCCCCUGCUUGUCAUGGUCAUCUGCUAUUCGGCCAUCCUCAAGACCCUGCUUCGGUGCCGAAACGAAAAGAAGAGGCACAAGGCCGUGAGGCUCAUUUUCGUGAUUAUGAUUGUUUACUUUCUUUUCUGGGCUCCCAACAACAUCGUGCUUCUCCUGAGCACCUUCCAGGAGUCCUUUAACGUGAGCAACUGUCAGAGCACCAGUCAGCUGGACCAGAUCAUGCAGGUGACAGAGACCCUUGGGAUGACACACUGUUGUGUCAACCCCAUCAUCUACGCCUUCGUCGGGGAGAAGUUCAGAAGGUAUCUCUCCACAUUCUUCCGAAAGCACAUCGCCAAACACCUCUGCAAACAGUGCCCAAUCUUCUAUGGGGAGACCGCGGAUCGAGUGAGUUCCACAUACACACCUUCCACAGGGGAGCAGGAGGUCUCAGUUGGUUUGUAAAUGAGUAGCAGUUUGCUUCUUACUUUUAAGAGGGGACAGCAAUCUGUAUGUGAUAAU